AUGGCUGCUGGUAAAGUGAAAAGUCCUUCCAAGCUUGCCCACGUGGUUUUUCGAACCAACAACUACCAUGAUAUGGUGGAAUACUACAAGAUAUUUCUUGGGGCAGACGUUAGUUAUGAAAACGACAUUCUUUGCUUCCUACGCUAUGACGACGAGCACCACCGCAUCGCCAUCAUCGGGCUUCCUGGCACAACGGCGAAAGUGACCGACUCCAGCGGGCUACACCACACAGCAUUCUCUUUCGAUACGCUUGACGACCUCAUGCUGUCGUAUACACAACGUAAGGAAUUAGGCAUCAAGCCCAGCUGGUGUGUGAACCACGGGCCGACUACCAGUAUCUACUAUAAGGACCCGGAUGGUAACGAGAUCGAGACUCAGGUUGACAACUUCGAUACGGCUGAUGAAGCGAACGAGUUCAUGUCUUCGAAAUCGUUCGCCGAGAAUCCAAUUGGGACUGAUUUCGACCCUGAGGAGUUGAUCAAAAGGAUCAAUUCGGGUGAGGAUCAACGCAUUCUCAAGCGGCGUGUUGAAAUCGCGCCGGCAGCAGGCCCUGAAAUCGACAACAAUAUCGUCGUCAUACCUACUCCGGAAAUCAAUGGUACAUCAGACGAAGCCCAAACGAUUCCUCAGUCCUUGUCAGAUGGCGCCGCCUCGAAGGUGUCUCGGAAGCAAAUUCAACGACCACUAACGAGGCUUUCUAGCACGACUGCCAGCCCAAACCAAGGACCUGAUGACCAUUUACGUCACAACGACUCUGUAACUCAGACACAUGUUGACUCUUUUCCCGGACUCACAGCAGCAUCCGAUUGCACAUCACUUUGGGACGGGUUUGCUCGGAACAUGGCAGUGGACAUGGAUCUUGUAACGGCUCCUAUCGCCGAGGGGAUAAGAGAUCGUGGGAUCCCACUUCCCGAAGAGAUCGAUUCCGAAGAUCACGGCGAUGCGUCUUACCUCGGCAUAUGCUCAAGGGCAGGCAUUGACUGGAUAUCACAACGCACCAAUAACGACGACUUCAUCUCAAGUGCACAAAAGUUCGUCACUGGCGUCAACCUGACACUCAAACUACCUAGACCUCCGUCAUCGAUCCGAGCUCCUGAACCGGACCGUGCGACCGCUGAAAAUUGGGCAACUGCUUUCUUCGAAGAGUCCUUUGAGCACAGGAUUGGGCUUGUGCGACGGGAUCAGUUUAACUCGAAGUUACAUACCCCGUGGUCCUCCUCAUCUUCAGAUCCCGGUUGGUACGCGUUAAGAAACGUCGUUUAUGCCAUCGGCAGUCGCCUUGCUUUAGCCUCGGAUCAGCUUCCAUCCUACGCCGCCGCCAGAGAUACUUCUUGGGGCUAUUUCGAGAACGCCCUAUCCGUCCACGUAGAACUUUUAUACCUGCGCACGGACUCGAACGCUGUCGAGGCUUUACUUCUCAUGGCUUUCUAUGCCGAGGCUAUCUCAAGCCCUGCUGUGGAAUUUCUGUUGCUAUCGAAUGCAAUUCGUCUUGCUCAGUCCAAAGGAUUUCACCGCCCUAUUGCAGCAGGAAUCGGUAUUUCAGAGGAGGAAAUAGAAACUCGUUGCUGGCUAUGGUGGUGCCUCUAUCUUUUUGACAAGAUUCUAACAAGCAGAGCAUGUCGGUCUCCAUGCAUAAAUGACGAUGACUUCGACUUGGCAAUUCCUUCUGCCCCCCGUCGUCAAACGGCAGCGAGUUUGGAAUUUUUCAAGUGCGCGAUACAACAUGCACGCCUUUCCUCCCUUGUGACGCGCAAGCUGUAUUCUCCACGUGCUCUUACAGUACCUAUGACUGAACGACUGAACGUGACUAGUGAGUUGGAUAAUCAAAUUCGACAAUGGUGGGCUCAGCUCCCGGCCACUUUCAGGAAUCGACCCACGCCUAAACUAUUUCGAGAGAACCCUCAUGUUGAUCAAACACAGUGGUCAUAUAUCAAUCUCGCGUAUCAUGGAACUCUAUGCGCAAUUCACAACGUUAUCACAUAUCCUUGGGUACAAUCUAAGUCUAAUCUUUUUCAGCAACAAAAAAUGAGGACACAAGUCGAAGAAAGCUCGCGAAUUGUCGCCAACGCCUCAAGAUCCAUAGCCAGCCUCACACAACAAUUUGAGGUCACGUCUGCGUCACAUGUAUGGCAGGCAUUCUAUUAUCCAAUCGUUAGCCACAUCAAUCUUUUUCUUCAGAUACUUCAGGACCCAAGAAGUCAAUCUGCAGAAGCAGACCUCGCCUUAAUGGAAGUGGUGGCCGGAUCAAUUAGUCGGAUUGACGUUGCCACCAGAGGAGAUCUCAAGUUCUCCUUCGCUCGGGAUCUUGCCAACAUAGCGCGUAAUGCGAUACAUGCCGCGAAGGAACCAGUUUCAGACGCACUCCCAAGUCUUGGUCUGCAUGGAAAUGAAAUGUCGCAUGAUGCAUUCUCCACCGAUUCCUCGUAUAUAGAGGACUCAGGACUUCUCUCAUGGGAAAGCUCCGAGUGGGCGUUCCAAUUUCCUGCUCUCGGUGGCGUAGGACUGAUCGAUUAG